AUGGGAAAACUGCCUGCAGUUGCCGUCGCCGGCUCGGGCGACAUCGCUCGCUACCUGGCUGAAGAGUUCGUUCAUGAUGGCCAACACGAUUUCCACAUUAUCUCCCGUACCGAGCGACCUUGGUUCUCUGAACUUGGUAUUCAAUACCAUCUGGUCCCAAGCUAUUCCCAGGAGAAUCUGGUCGAGCUGUUUGACAAGUUCGAGAUCAGCACCGUCAUCUCGACUCUUACCGCAGGCGACGCCCUUACAUUUGUCUCUCUGCACCAGGCCAUUUUGGAUGCGUGUCGCCAGUCAUCAACAUGCAAACGCUUAAUCCCCAGUGACUUUAUUGGCAAUGUCGAACGCUUCCCCGACCUCCCUAGGAGACACGCCGACUCCCGCCACGCGUUUCGGAAAAUUCUUGCCCAGCAGUCAGAAGUCGAGUGGACCACCGUGAACCAAGGCUGGCUGAUGGAUUACUUUGUCCACCUUCCGUCAGGCCAGAAAACCUACAUUCGACCCUACUUAGCCUGGCCACUCGAUCUCGAAAAAUCAACUUGUCGACUUCCGGGGACCGGCGAUGAUAGAGUUACGUGGACGUCAGCGAGGGAUCUUAGCAAAGCGGUUGUGCAACUUAUCAAGCAUCCAAAGUGGGAUCGGUACACUUACGUCUACGGCGAGACGGGCACAUGGCUUGAAGCGAUUCCCAAGGUUGAAAAGCUGCUCAACCUGAAGAUCGAGCGGAUUCCUGUUUCCCGUGAGGAGAUCGAGAAGACGGUUCAAGAUGGGUCGGAUCCCGACAAGCAGUACAUCGCAAGCAUUGAUGAAUGGGCAGUUGCUGGGGCAGGGUUGGUUCCGAUGGACGUUGCUGAGAAACAACGAGCCAAGUUUUUUAGCAAUGUCAAGUUCCGGACCAUCGAGGUGUUAAUACAAGAGGCGCAAGUUUCUGAUGUUGUAUAA